AAGAUGACGAAAAAGUCGGUGAAAUUGAGGUUUUCGGGCGUCAGGUGGGGACGGGCGUCAGGUGAUCAACUACGGUAAUGGUUCUACAGGCGGUCAAGGUAGUGAUAGUAAUUGUGCUGCCGGCGUUAAACGUUGUUUUCUCUACAUACUCGGUGUACCGAGGGGCUACCUCGCCUGAGCUACAGCCGUUCUCUUCGCUGCCGGGCGUGCACCUUUUACCCAUGCAAAUGCCGUACUGGCAGUUCUUCCCCGUGCAGGUCGUGACGCGGCAUUUGGGUCCUAAGCAGGCGUGAUCUGAACCACACCCCUACCCGAAACAGCCGAAAGAGAAGCAUUUGAGACUAAAGCAAAAUCCUACGCCAUUAUAUCCCGGGCCCGUGCAGCCCGCGACAAUACAGUCGGGUCUAAAGCAAUAGCCGUUGUUGCCGCAAUCGUCUCCGCUAUAACUGACAGGAUGGCAUUUGCCCCCAGAGCAGAUACUGUUAUCGCAGUCGUCGCCCUCGCAGCUAAUGUACAUACAGAGCUCACCCGUGCACUUUCCGUUCUUGCAAUCGGGCCUACGAUACCCCGGUUUACCGGGGGGAUCUGGGUCCCGCAGGUCGUAGAAGUCCUUUCUACCGUCCGAGCAAUCCCGCGAGCAGGGCCUAUCGCAGAAGAGGCAGCAUCGCUGGUCGCAACCGCUGGUGCAAAGGGGCGCCGGAGGACCGGAACUAAAGGAGACCGUUAG